UGAAGAGGAAAACAAGUCAGCUGAGGAGGCAAGCACUUUGGUGCCCGGAUGAGUAGCUGAACACAUCAGUAGCCAUCAGCUAGGGCAAAGCCAUGCAACGCUCUUUUAGUCAUCACUAUAUUGGCACCAUAUGGCAAAUGGGUGCACGAUUUUCCACAGCAAUAAUCCCUAAGCCUUUAUCAAAUCCUGAAGUAUUUUACACCAAGCUGUUUAUAAACAACGAAUGGCGUGAUGCAGUAAGCGGAAGAAGAUUUCCAACAGUGGAUCCAUGUACUGGAGAAGUGAUUACACAUGUAGCUGAGGCUGACAAGGCCGAUAUUGAUGCUGCAGUUAAAGCAGCAAGAGAAGCCUUUAAGCAGGGGUCUCCAUGGCGAAGUAUGGAUGCAUCACAGCGUGGGCAGUUGCUUCACCGCCUUGCAGAUCUUAUUGAAAGAGAUAAAAUCUAUCUAGCAUCUUUGGAAACCAUGGAUAAUGGCAAGCCGUUUGCUGACAGUUUUGCAAUAGAUCUAAGUACAGUCGUUAAGGUGUAUAGAUAUUAUGCAGGCUUUGCAGACAAGGUCCAUGGAAAAACUAUACCCCUGGAUGGUAACUACUUUUGCUAUACAAGACAUGAACCUGUUGGGGUCUGUGGCCAGAUUAUUCCAUGGAAUUUCCCAUUGGUAAUGCAGGGGUGGAAGCUGGGCCCUGCACUUGCCACUGGAAAUACAGUUGUAAUGAAGGUUGCUGAGCAGACACCGCUCUCUGCAUUGUACAUUGCAUCCUUGAUAAAAGAAGCUGGAUAUCCUCCAGGCGUUGUGAAUAUAUUAACAGGUUUUGGGCCUACGGCUGGAGCAGCUUUAGCACAACAUAUGGAUGUUGACAAAAUAGCUUUCACUGGCUCUACUGAGGUUGGCAGAUUGAUUCAGAAAGCAGCAGGUUCAACUAACCUGAAAAGAGUGACCCUUGAACUGGGUGGUAAAAGUCCAUGCAUUGUCAUGGCAGAUGCAGACCUAGAGCAAGCUGUGGAACAGUGUCAUGAGGCUUUGUUUUUUAACAUGGGUCAGUGUUGCGCUGCAGGUUCCAGAACAUUUGUGGAGGAAAAUGUCUACGAUGAAUUUCUUGAAAGAACCGUGGAGAAAGCAAAAUUAAGAAAAGUGGGCAACCCGUUUGACCUAGACACAAAGCAUGGCCCUCAGAUAAAUAAGGAACAAUUUGACAAGAUCCUUGGCUAUAUUAAAAGCGGCAAAACAGAAGGUGCUAAACUUAUGUGCGGUGGGGAGCGCUAUGGAGAUAAAGGCUUUUUCAUCAAACCCACUGUCUUUGCCAAUGUUCAGGACAAUAUGAAAAUCGCAAGGGAAGAAAUAUUUGGCCCAGUGCAGCCAGUGUUUAAGUUUAAAUCAAUAAAGGAAGUUAUUGAAAGAGCCAAUAACACAAGCUAUGGGCUAGCAGCUGGCAUAUUUACAAGAGACUUAGAUAAAGCAAUGCUUCUUACACAGGCACUGCGAGCUGGGACAGUAUGGGUUAAUACUUACAACAUUGUGACCUGUCAGACACCAUUUGGAGGCUUUAAAGAAUCUGGUAAUGGACGAGAACUUGGUGAAGAUGGGCUGAAAGCAUACACAGAAGUGAAAACAGUCACAAUGAAAAUAUCUCAUAAGAAAUCCUAAAUAAAAAAAUCCCACUCCAUAUGUGUGAUUCUGCCAUGCAACAGAUUGUGAGUCAGUAUCAUUUAAAAAACCAAUAGCUCCAAAUUAAAAAUAACCAUUAUCAUUUCCAAGUUCUAACCAAUAAAAUGAUUAUAUGCAUCAUUUUGGAAAAUAAUUGUGGUGUUUCAUAGAGAAAAAGCACAAAUGAAAACAUAAAAUGUAUUUAAAUGCUAGGAAUGUGUUACAACUCUCAUUAUUCCCAGCCUAAAGCAAAGUCUAUAGGCAGGAUGCCACUGCUAACACAUUCCUAAUGGCCAAUGCCAGUUGUAAAUAGUCCUGUAAGUGAACAUAUUCUUGUACAUGUAUAAUUAAGCAUGUGGCAAAAGUAACAAAAACAAAAUGUGUGUGGCUCAUGCAUGUUUAUGACACACUUUAAUUACAGUUAUAUGUAAAGGAUGAGAGCACUGUGCCCGUAGUUCAUACCAAGGAAAUUACUUGUGCAGUUUCUUUAUUAACUUUGCUAUCAGCUGAUUGUAAAGAUACAACCAAGACAAAAGAUGUAGCAGUUCUUUUACAACUGAUUGUUAUUCCUGCAAACAAUGCAGACAUGUUCACUCUUCUUUCUAAUAAGAACAUUUACUUGUUCAUGGUGUGAUCCCAAUGGAGCCAAUUUGGAUGGAUCAGUUUUGAAUAACAGACCAUGAAACGGAUAGGACUUACUAUAAAGUUAGAGCGGUUCAGCAUAUAAUAGCGGAUAUAGACUCCCCUGUACAUCCCAAUAGAGAAGCUUUAUUCUCAGUUACAUGGAGUAGCAGAUGCUUCUUGGUGUUGGUGUUUCUAUUUCUGUUUUUAGAGUUUGACUAUCCACUAACCUGUCACCCAAUGUCAAUAUUUUGCACCUGAAACUUUAAAUUGUUUAGAAUCAUCAAUCAGAUUACUGUGAUAUCGUCCGUAGCAGUUGAGCAGGAAGCGUGGCAGGGGUUGGGGCCAGGGUAGAACAUGGCCAGGACUGGAGGCAUGGCCAAUAAGAAUCCAGAUCACUUCAGUCAAGUUAGUACUUGUAUAUUUACAUUGGCACUAAUAACAGCAAUAAUUUGACUGAUCUGAAAGUGUUUUUCAUUGCUUUUGAAUGUUUUUUGUGCACUUAGAUUUGAAAGGAUUCACACCACACAGAAUUUAGAUAAGUAUUUAAUUUGAUGAUUUUAAAAGCCAGAAAUGCAAAAUUCAAGCAGAUUUUUUUUUACUAUUGAUGACUAAGAACUUAAUUAUCAUGUACAAACCAGUGAUGUUUUACAGACAAAUUAAAAUUGAUAUUAACUUC